AUUUAGUGCAAAAAAAUCUUCGUUAUCCCCUCCUAGCAAAAAACACAGUUUUGUGUGUGUGUAUGUGCACCAGUAAAGAAAAUGGCACUUGCUAUAUCCCUUUCACAUGCAACAGCUUCUUCCUUUAAUGGUGAAGUUAAAUUUUUAUCUUCAGCUUCUCAACUCAAGGGAAAGUAUCCUUUUAACCUCCCUAGUAAAAAUGCAAACUUUACUAAGCAGCUUGUAAUUUACGCAAAAAGAUUAUCGGGUUUGGAGGAGGCCUUGAGGAUUAGAAGGGAACGUGAGCUUCGUAGUUCUACCACCGCAAAAAGAAGGCCGCCUUUAAGGCGUGGAAGAGUAUCACAACAGCUUCCCGUGCCUGAUGACAUACCUAAGCCUCCAUAUGUAGGUUCAAGAGAGUUACCAGAUAUCACAAGUGAAUAUCAGAUCCACGAUGUUGAAGGCUUAGCUCGCAUGAGGGCUGCGUGUGAGUUGGCUGCACGUGUGGUUGACUAUGCAGGAACUUUGGUUAGGCCAUCAGUAACGACAAAUGAAAUUGAUAAAGCUGUGCACCAAAUGAUAAUUGAUGCUGGCGCUUAUCCUUCCCCCUUAGGCUAUGGUGGCUUUCCAAAGAGUGUAUGCACAUCUGUCAAUGAAUGUAUGUGUCAUGGAAUACCUGACUCCCGCCAGCUACAGGAUGGAGAUAUAAUAAAUAUUGAUGUGACAGUUUAUCUGAAUGGUUAUCAUGGAGAUACGUCAAAAACCUUUUUCUGUGGCGACGUGAGUGAAUCCAUAAAGCGCCUUGUAAAGGUAACUGAGGAGUGCUUGGAAAGAGGCAUUGCUGUUUGCAAAGAUGGCGCUCUUUUUAGGAAGAUAGGAAAGAGAAUUAGUGAACAUGCCGAAAAAUUUGGUUACGGUGUUGUAGAUCGUUUUGUUGGUCACGGUAUUGGGACAGUAUUUCACUCUGAGCCACUCAUAUAUCAUCACCGUAAUGACAAGUCUGGCUCCAUGGUUGAAGGGCAAACAUUUACCAUUGAACCUAUUCUUACAUUGGGAAGCACAGAAUGUGUAACAUGGGAAGAUAACUGGACAACUCUGACUGCUGAUGGUAGCCCUGCUGCUCAGUUUGAACAUACAAUUUUGAUUACAAAAACUGGUGCAGAAAUUUUGACAACAUAUUAACUGUAGUUAUAGGUUUAUCAUAAUUCACUUGUGCAAUCUUAGUGUAUCCCUAUCAUAAUUCUUUUAAUUGGUGUUCCAUAAUAGGAAAUACACUUGUAUGUAGGUCAAUAUAUGCGCGGAGGCAGGAUUUCCGCUAAGGGGUUGAAAAAAAGAAGUUAAAAAAUUAAAAGAGAAUGUGGCAAAUAGGAAUUGAACCAGCAAUCUAGCAAAGAUUUUGGAACCCCUUGACCACUGAGCUAUGCUGCUUUUGGGUUGUGUCAAGGAGAUUCAAAAUAUUAUAAUAUAGAGGUACAAAUCUAAUUUUGACUUAUAUGUUUCUGCAGGGGGGUCGGGUGAACCCUUUCUGCACUUGCAUGCAUGUAAUCUUUGUGUUUUUUUAUAGCCGAGGAAUACCUGAGGGGCAAUAGAGCACGGUUCAAAAUUUCGUAGAUAAUAGUCUUGCUCUC